CUACAAGAGUAAAAAAUAAAGUUUAUCAAUAGUUGCACUUUUUAAAAUAGUGUUUUUUUAGAAAUAGGAAUAGUUUUUUGUGCUUUUAGUGACCGUGUCAUGAGGGUUUUCUGAAAUAAGGACUUAAAAAGAUAAGUGACGUGAAGUGCAGUGAAGUGGGAGUGUGAUGUGGGAAGCCUGAGCAUGGAGAGUGGUUUGCCGGCGUCCGACGCCGACGACGGCCCACCGGGCUCGUCCGGCAGCGGAUCAUCGUCCGGUACUGGAUAUUAUCAUAAAAACGGCGAGUGGCGCGGCGAGCGCAGAUUACUGGACAUCACGAGGGACAAGCCAGUAAAGCUCUGCGUUCGAGUCGCGGUCCCCGUCCGGGACCAUCCCAAGUUUAAUUUCGUCGGGAAGCUGCUCGGCCCGAAGGGCAACUCUCUGAAAAGGUUACAAGAGGAUACGCUAUGUAAGAUGGCCGUGCUCGGCCGUGGAUCCAUGAAGGACCGACAGAAGGAAGAAGAACUGCGCGUGUCAGGCGACCCGAAGUUCUCACACUUGGCCGAAGAGCUCCACGUGGAAGUGAGCGCUUUCGCCACGCCGGCCGAGGCGCAUGCGCGAGUAGCGUAUGCUUUGGCAGAACUUAGAAGAUUUUUAGUUCCGGACUACAACGAUGAUAUCCGACAAGAGCAGAUGCUGGAGAUGCAACUACUGGCGCAGGCGCCGCGCUCGCCCCCCGCCACCCCGCCGCACCCCGCGCCCCGCCUCAGUCCGGCGCCGGAGGACCACAAACACAGGGCCGCAGGGCUGGUGUGCGCGCCGCUCGCUGGCGCCGCUCGCGACUACUCGCCGCCGCUGCCCGCGGCGCCAGAGCACCAACAUCACCAGCUAGCAGCGAGCCAUGGAGUUCUGAUGGGCGGCGUACUGCCGCCACAUAUACUGCACAACUCCAUACUAGGUACUAACGGCGGGGAACUCUUGGGCCUGGGGUCACCAGUUCUGCGAGGCGUGCUGCGCGCGCCGCCCGCGCCCCCCGCACCGCCCGCGCCACAAGGUGCGGGUGGGGCUGCGACGGGUGCGGUGGUGGGGCGCAAGCGGCCGCUGCUGGGCGCCGCGCGCGCUAACAUGUCGCCGACGAAGCGCGCCGUCAUCACGCUGCUGGCGCGCGCUCGCGCCGCCGCGCACCGCCGCCCGCCCGCUUGGCGACAUGAGUAAGUAGAGCUAACAUGUCGCCGACGAAGCGCGCCGUCAUCACGCUGCUGGCGCGCGCUCGCGCCGCCGCGCACCGCCGCCCGCCCGCUUGGCGACAUGAGUAAGUAGAGCUAACAUGUCGCCGACGAAGCGCGCCGUCAUCACGCUGCUGGCGCGCGCUCGCGCCGCCGCGCACCGCCGCCCGCCCGCUUGGCGACAUGAGUAAGUAGAGCUAACAUGUCGCCGACGAAGCGCGCCGUCAUCACGCUGCUGGCGCGCGCUCGCGCCGCCGCGCACCGCCGCCCGCCCGCUUGGCGACAUGAACACGGCGCCCUGCUGCCACUAUUGCGUGAGGAGUUCGCGGCGGCGGCCGGCGCGCCGCGCGUCAAUCUGGCGUAAGUAGUGCUCGCGCGAGCGCAACUAGGCCUCGAGUAAUGCUGCCUGCACCAGCCGGUGUGACUUCAAGCUCAUUUCA